AUCUUCAGUAGACAACAAAGAAUAAUCGUCCCGAAAAAAAAAUAAUAAAAACGAAACGAUAUCAUCCCGUUAACAACUAUCCAAAUACUCUCUUAAGUGUUUAUGGAAUUUACGAAUCACAACUUAUUUUAUUAUUUAAUUUAUGAAGUGAAUUCGAAGAGAAAUAUCAGAGUGGUUCAGGGGGAAGAAAGAAAAAAAAAAAGGUUAAAGGAGAGGAGAAAGGGAAAAAAAAAAGAAUAAAUAAUAAUCGUCUGCGUGACGUAUUUCCGGUUCCGAAAUGCGUUCCUUAGCCGGUGCGUGGUAAACUACAUUAUUCAUUCAGUCUCUCAAUCGUCUGUAGAGCUUUAACCAUCAGCUUAUUGCUUCCUUUUAAUCAACAAUAAACAAAACUUUUGAUGUUACGUACAGAACCGACAUCUGUAUUUGCAUAAGUGUACGGUGUAUCAAUUGUAUCAAUAAUCUUUUUAAGUGAAGUGUUCUUUUUUUUUUGUUUGGAUUUUAUACUUUGGAUAGCAGAUCAUGAUCUUUUGACUAUGUAAUUGUUAGUCAACUGUGAUGAUAGUAAAUGGUUCUAGCAAAUUCUGCAUUGAGAUGCCAUCAACAAGAGUUGAUUGGUCUAUCAGCUUCUGUAGGGAAUGAGUGUGUGGUAAGACUGACCACCACGGAGUACCAGGGACAAUGCCUCGUCUCAAAAAAACGCCCACAUCAGCCAUGCGUCAGAUGAUAACUCGAUCCGGAUCUAGAUCUGCUAUAGGAUUAAGAUCUAAUCCAGGCGGUGUCAUACAGGAUACGGCAGAAAAUUACGAAGAAGUGUCGCUCAUAGGAAGUGGCGCCUAUGGAACUGUGUACAAGGCAAAAGAUCUGGCCCACGAAGGCCAAUUCGUUGCUUUAAAAAAAGUGAGAGUGCCCCUCACUGAAGAAGGGGUACCCUUAGGGACACUCAGGGAAAUAACUCUUUUAAAACACAUAGAAGCAUUUGAACAUCCUAAUGUAGUCAGGUUAUUAGAUAUAUGUCAUGGUCCCCGAAUACCGGAAGAGCACCAGUUGAUUCUAUACCUAGUAUUCGAACAUGUUGAUUAUGAUUUAGCCACUUAUUUAGAGAGGUGUCCUCCCCCAGAACCUGCUCCUGAAAAAAUAAAAGAUAUACUCUACCAAAUUCUUAGUGGAAUCGAUUUUCUCCAUUGCAACCGCAUUGUACAUAGAGAUUUGAAACCUCAAAAUAUCCUCAUAACAAGCACUGGACUAGUGAAAGUUGCAGACUUUGGUUUAGCUAGGUUACUACAAAACUUCAUACCAUUAACAGAUGUGGUAGUAACAUUGUGGUACAGAGCGCCUGAGGUAUUAUUAAAUGCUACAUAUGCUUCAGCUGUUGAUAUAUGGAGCUGCGGUUGCAUAUUUGCAGAACUUUAUAAUAGGAGACCUUUAUUUCAAGGUCAAUCUGAAGUAGACGAACUGAGGAAGAUUUUUGAAGUGUUGGGUUCUCCAGAAGAGAGUGCAUGGCCUGAAGUACCUUUGCCCUGGAUCUCUUUUAAAGGACAUAGAAAACAACCUCUAGAAAACUUGGUUCCAGAAAUUAGUCCUGAUGGAUUAGAUCUGCUACAAAAAAUGCUACUUUUUGAUCCUCUGCAGAGAAUAACUGCAAAAGAUGCCAUGAACCACAAUUACUUUCAAAACAUAGGAAGACAAGGAGUUUACAAAACCAAAAAGACUCGAAAGUCCUCCGUUUCUAGAGAUACAGAAGCCUCCACAAGCUAUACGUCGAGCAGAAAAUGACCUCGAAUUUCUAUAGGCAUCAAUUAGGACUUACUGAUCAAUAAAACUUGAUUUAAUAAAGGGUAAAAUGGCAAUCUAUUGAUAGGUGCAAACCAAGUCACAGUCUUCCUGAAACGAACUUUUUUUACUUUGCAUAUCUUAUUUUUGUCGGCAAAUUUUUAAAACCCUUGCCAUUUAUUGUUGGCUGAUGUUUUGUUAUAUAAAACUGAAGUUUAUGUAUUGAUAUUCAACCUCAAUACCUCUUAUUUUGUACGAAACUUGAUGUUAGUGUGCUUGUAAAAAAGGAAAAGUGUGAAAGAAAUUGUUUUAAGAAAUAUUAAGUGAAUCAGGUUUAUCUUGUUUAUUCAGUUUAAUUUAUUAUUGUUUGUAUUGUUGAAACAUGUGAAUACAUUUAAAAAAAAAUUAGAAUUACUAUUAAAACUGAAACCAAAUCUUGCUUGUGUAUACAUAUUUUUGGAUAGCAUUUACAUUAUUAUGAGCAUUUAUAUUAAGAAAUUUUAUGUAUCAUAAAAACUGUGUUGUGUGAAAAUAAAAGAUGAAAUAUAUCAAUGUUAUACUACAUAGCAUUCCAUCUUGACAAUUACCAAAUAAAUUUAAAGUUUGUAUGAA